CUACUUUUCAGAAUGAGGGUUUGUAUCUAUCAGCUCCUUCUAAACGCACCAGCUUUUCAAACCAAAGAAGCAGUAACUUUAAGGAAAAAGUCGGAAGAAAAUAUUAGUAAUAACUAAUGAAAAAAGAGGCUAAAAAGCGCUGGUGCAAAUGAAGCCUCCAGCAGCGCAAGUACAGACGACCUGCGUGUCUUUACAGUUGGUUACUUGCUCGUAAUCAUAUAUCUUUCUAUCAUGUUGGGAAGCUUUUCUCCUUAAGGACACAAGUUCUACUUAGCUAUGGCAGGUAUUGCCGUAAUUGGUAUGGCAGUUGGCAUCUCAUAUGGUUUAGGAUCAGGAUUUCAACUGAAGAAAACAAAUGUUCAUGAUGUUCUGGCGUUUUUGUUACUUGGCAUUGGUGUAGAUGAUGUUUUUUUUUUUGUACAAAACUGGGAAAAUAUUGGUGGACCACAACCUGAAGGGCGAUCAAUUCCAGAAAAAGUUUCGGCUGCUCUCAAAAAUGCAGGCGUAUCUAUCUUGGUUACAACGUUAACGGAUGUGUGUGCAUUUCUGAUUGGUGCUACUACAAUACUUCCUGCGCUACGUUCGUUUUGCAUUUGGUGUAGCAUUGGCAUUUUAUCAGUGUUUAUCCUCACCAUUACAUUUUUCACUGCAUUGCUCGCCAUUGAUGCUAAGCGGCAAUAUAACAGACGUGACGCGUGUUUGUGUUGCAUAAAACUAAAAAAGAAUUGGCAACCAAUGGAAUGUAGCGAGAGGGGUUACCUACAGUUAUUCGUACAGAAGAUAUACGGACCUGCUUUGGUUUACAUACCUGGAAAGAUAAUAACGUUGUUAGCUGUUGCUGGUUUGCUAGCAGGUGGUGCUUAUGGACUUUCUAAAUUAGAACAAGACUUUGAUUUCAACUGGUUUAUGCCGCCAUCUUCGCCACCAAGAAAAUUUAUCAUCAAUAGCGAAAUAUUUUUUCCAAAUAAUGGCCUUCCCUCAGGCGCGUAUACUGGAGAUAUCUCCUACAACAGAGAACAUGCAGUAAUUAUUAAAAUCGUGAAUGAACUUGAAUCAGACUCAUAUGUUGCUAAUGGUACUGUGAUCAGUUGGUACCAUCAGUAUAAGAAAUGGUUAGACGCAUCAUCAUACCGAAUUGAAUUGAAUCGAACUAAAGAAUGUAAUGAAUCGGUGAUAGCAUGCGAGCUACCUUCUGACAAACGCUUCUAUGAACUUCUUAAACUAUUUUUAAACACGAAGACUGGUGCGUUUUUCAAAAAUGAUAUUUCUUUUCAUGAAACAAAGAAUUCUAUAAAGGGUGCUGCGAUACCAUUUAAACACGUACUGCUUGAUAAUGCUGCUGUCGAGAUCAAAGCAAUGGACUCUGUGCAGGAACAUAUUGAGCCAGGAUUGACUCCUUCUGAAAAGAAUGCAUUAUUACCUUUCGUAUACUCGUUUGCGAUAUUUCGUAGGAAACAAAUAAGGUUAUAUCGAAAGAAUUAAUCCGAAAUAUAUCUCUUGCUGGACUUUGUGUAUUUAUUGUCACCCUGUUUCUGCUAUCAAAUUUGUAGGCGUCGCUAAUGGUUGUCUGUUGUGUGGCUUUAGCCUUGAUCGACAUAGCUGGUUUUAUGUAUUUCUGGGGAUUGACGGUGGAUACAGUCACAACGAUUAUAAUGGUGCUUGCGAUUGGGUUGACUGUUGUUUAUUCCGCUCAUAUUGCGCACGGCUUUAUGGUUUCGCGUAAACCAACACGAAACGAGAGGAUGGUUGUCGCACUAGGUGAAAUAGGGCCAGCGGUUAUUCAUGGAGGUAUGAGCACAUUGUUGGCCUUCAUACUACUCGUUGCGUCUGAAUCUUAUGUCUUUAAAACGUUUUUUAAAAUAAGAGUUUGAAUUAUCACUUAAAAUUCCUCUAAAACUCAUGCACACAUAAAAGUUACAGAUUUUAAAAUGGAACUUAACCUCGCAUUACACUUCUUGAUUUCUUUUUCAAAUCAUGUACGGCUCUUCAUAGGUGUUUUUCUUGUUUGUUAUGUUCGGCAUGUUUCAUGGUUUGGUCUUUUUACCUGUAAUCUUAAGCUUGCUUGGUCCUGCUCCUUACGCGGCACACGAAAAUGCGUUAAAAAUAAACAAGACUGAAGGAACUGUCAAUAACGGAGUAAUCUAAGACGAACCAGUGAGACUUGAAAAUAUGAAGCAAAAUGGCGAGGCUGUUGAAGUCCAUAGCACAGAUGCAAACUAUAACGAAGCUUACACACAGAAAUAUGUUGUAAAGGUAGAAAAGAGUUAAAGGUAGCCAAGCAUUGAAGUUUAUAUAAUAACACCUUCAAGAACGCGAACGCCAACGAUUUUAGUGUGCGUUAUGUGAUGGUUGUUUUAUCUAUGUUAUAUCAUUCAAUUUGUAACGUAGUGUGGUAUGUAUAAAUAUAUAUACAUAUUUUAUAUUU